AUGAAGUACCUCAAUAUUUUCGUUAUCUGUGUCGGGCUAGCUAUAGCCGGGCCUGUCCACAGUCCCCGACAAUACGCCUCCGCUAACAAGAUCGAGUCAAUUUGCAAGGAGCGUGGGUGGUCUACGGCCGCUACUGAAAUUCACCCUACGUCUGGCUGCGACUUAAAGAAGAGGGAAUGCGAGAAGGAAGGCAAGGUAGAUGAAGAAUUGCUCACCUGCCUGAACGUUAUCAACAAGAACUGCAAUGCUGAUAGCGAAUGUGGCGACGGAUAUAUCUGCCGUCAACGUCCUAUUCUCAUGGUCGGUGCAGGCAGUUCCUGCAAGCCAAAAAAGGAAGAUAAGCCACAGACGGAGCAGAAAGUGACUACGGAUACUCAGGGAAGCACUCUUACUGCCGACGUUAAGAACAUUUGUGAGAACAAGGAAGAAAAGUCACAGGCAGCGUAG